ACACUCGGCGAUCCUUUUUCCAUCCCUACUUGCACGUUCUUCAUGAAGCAUCUUCUCUUUGGGACAACAACGUACGCAGUCGUUCAGCCAUUCCGUUCUUUUUUGCUUCAGCUCCUUUGAAGAAUUAUUUCCGGAACCCAAUCAAGACGCGUUUUUUUUUACUGGAUGGCAUUUGACACCAGUUCAAUUUCACGCGGUGGUCUGGGUCUUUUUGGCCAGCUUGUGAUUGGUCCUCCUGGAAGUGGUAAGACUACCUACUGUGCUGCUAUGGCGGAUUUCCUUACCAAUCUAGAACGCAAAGUGCAUGUCGUGAAUCUGGAUCCAGCGAAUGAUACGUUGCCCUACUCCUGUUCCGUUGAUCUUUCCGACCUCAUUCGUCUGGAGGAAGUCAUGGAUUAUCUAAGCUUGGGCCCAAAUGGAGGUCUUAUCUACUGCAUGGAAUACCUAUACACAAACCGGGAUUGGUUGGCAGACCGCCUAAUCAAAUUGAAACAGAAGGAUCCGAAAUGCUACCUGAUAUUUGACUGCCCGGGUCAGGUUGAACUGUACACUCAUCAUCCUGUAACACGUCAGUUGAUCGCUUAUCUAACUCAGAAAACUCACCAAAAUCCUGGAGAGAAGGGUGAAUCAGUGACGAUUGUUGAAGGUCUUGGGCUCCAAUUGACAGCAGUUCACCUCGUGGAUUCUCAUUACUGUUCCGAUCCGGGAAAGUUUAUCUCUUGUCUCCUCACCUCUCUGUCCACUAUGUUGCAAUUAUCCCUUCCACAUGUCAACAUCCUGAGCAAAGCCGAUUUAAUUGAACAAUUUGGCGAAUUGGAGUUUAACUUGGACUAUUUCACCGAAGUCUUGGAUCUACAAUACUUGGUCGAUAAGAUUAACAAGAACAAUGAUCCAUUUUUGGCCAAAUAUGAACGGUUGAAUCAGGCCCUCAUCAGUAUCAUUCAAGAUCAGUCUUUGGUUCAGUUCUUGCUGUUGGACAUUCAAAAUGUGUCCCACUUAGAGCGAGUAAUGCGCUACGCUGAUCGAGCGAACGGAUAUGUGUUCGGUCCAGAUGAGCAGCGGAAUUUACAGGCUCUGAUGCAUUCAGCUUCGGGUGUCGAACUAACUCCGGACUGGAUUGGUCUUGCUCAAGAAAAAUACAUGUCAGGAGUCAAACAAACCGAACCGGAUAUCGAUUUUUUCAGUUAAUGGACACAGCCAGAGUUGUAAAUAAUUCUCUCUUUGUAUAAUUUCCUUCAGAUUCUUU